GUGUGUGUGUGUGUGUGUGUGUGUGAGUGCGUGUGUGUGUUUAAACCGUGAUUUGUGUGUAAGUGAAGUCCUGUUUGAGCAAGUGAAUGUGAAGGUUUUCACAUGUUUAUACGUCUGGAAAGGAAGGCCUCUCAAAGGAUGCUGAGAGAAGACAGGUUUUUUGUUCUCCUGUUUGAAUGAUGACGGAGGAACUUGUGGAAUUGUUCGUUUGGCCGUUUGUCCUCCUCUAUGCACGGGGGUAAGAAUGUAUGCACCCCAACCGCCACAACCGCCACCACUUUCUGGACUAAUUUAAACUUUCUCACUGAAACCAGCAGAUGCUUUGGAUGCAGUGAUGCUAUCAGAACCACUUCAAUUUCAUUGAUUAUGGCACAAAAUUGGUACGGGUAAAAACAGCUUGCAAGGAUUUGGAUAAAAUAAGUCUGUUUCACUAUACUGUAGUUUAGAUGACACCUGUAUGUAUGGCACAGGGACCCAAUUAUCCUGUGGACUGAAGAAUCAUGGGUAACCUAAUUAGCAGACCUAGCUGUUUGGGACAAAAGUCCAAACAAGUUAAGUCAGAGGAGAGCGUCUUGAAAGAGUGCUACAAUCAACGGAGAGAAUGGUCGCUCCCAGAGCCUCCUAGAGAAGAAACAAGGAAAGAGGAUGUGGAAGAGGUUCUUCGACAAACUCCAACACCAGACAAGCAGAGGAGUUCCCCAGCCCCUACUGUCACCACGACCAGCACUUUGGACAAUGCCUGGCGAAGCACUCCGUCCCCGGUAAAAACACCACAAAAUGAUUCUUUGCCCAGAAGGUGUAAUAUUCCGGAGUAUAGAAGGUCCCCCCUGAGUCAGUAUGGAUCCGUGGACAGGAGAGGCAGCCUGCAGAGAAGGGAUUCUGGAAGUCCCUGGUCCUGGAAGCCUCUAAACACUCGAGAGGUCACUGAAGUCACAGAGGUGACAGAGACAAUUGUUACAGAGAUUGUAGAGGUGACAGAGUAUCCUUCUUCAGGGAAAGGAGGUAACCAUAUUGUAACUAGAACUGUUAGAGUCCUUGCUGGAGCUGCUGGGGAACUUGCAGAGCUGCAGAGUCAUGGUCAAUCAAGUUCAGACCAGGAAUCAAGUCUAGAUCAAUGGAAGGAUGGCAGAAGUGUUUUGACUCUGAAAGAUGAGUUUAGGGAUCCAUUGAAAUUCCAGCAAAAUCUGGAAAUGCUGCUGAUGUGGGUCUGCGAGAUUGAGGAGCUGACAGCCAAUCUAAAACCACCAUCCUCAGAGUUUAAAGUGGUGAAAGCACAGCUGCAAGAACAGAAGCUCUUACAGCGCCUUGUAGAAGACAGGAGACCCAGUAUGGAGACCAUGAUGCAGGAGGGUCCACACCUGGCAGAACGGCAUCAGGAAAAUGACAGUGAAAAGACCAAAGUGCAGCUUGCACAGCUCAAGCUCAAGUGGGAGGCUCUACUUCAGGGUGCCAACAGCAGACACAGGACUCUGGAGGACAUUCUGCCAAGAGCUCAGCUAUUCCAGGAGAUGACAGACAGACUUCAGCAAUGGCUUAUAACUGUGGAUCAGGAAUUAGCUGAGCUCCGCUCUGCAGAAAGAGGGAUGCUCCAUCUGCAGGAAGCCACAGGACAAGCCAAGGCAGUCAUGGAAGAGAUAAAAGCUAAGAGUGUCGACCUGGGGAAACUCCAACAAUGUGCUCAUGAGCUCAUGGAAAAAUUUUCAGAGGAGGAAACCCAGCUGGUGCAGGAGCAGGUAGACAGUCUGCGUAUCCGCUACUCAGUGAUGAGACUGGGUAGUGCUGAUGUCCUGCAGAGGCUGGAACAGGCUUUGGAGGCAUCUAGUCGAUGUACCUCCAGUCAGGAGGACCUCCACAUGUGGCUUGGUCGAAUCGAGAGAGAGCUGCUUGCUCCUGCUGCCCAGAGCCAAACUGGGGAUGCAGUCUUGUGUUCUUCUGAGAGGCAGAAGCUGGAACAGGCUGUAGAAAAAGAGUUGGCUUGGUUUAAAGACACCUCACUUGCACUGGAGGAGCUCAGAGCCAUUAAUCUGGAACCAGACAUCAUCGCAGCCAAGUUCAAUGAGCAGAAAAUACUUGCUGUAGAGAUUCUGCAGCACAAGUUUAACAUUGAGAAAAUGGUGAAGAUAUUGGAACUCCUGCAGAUGUACACUGAGGAUGGGGAGACACUGAGACUCCUGUCUUCCAUAGACACCUUACAGGAGCAGUAUCGAGUCACUACUGCCACUAAUUCCCAAAUCUUGCUUCAACUGGAACAUGCUCAGUCACUCUUGUCUCAGUUCUCAGAGGGCUAUGCUGAGGUUUUACCAUGGUUGCAGGAAACCAAAGCCCUUAUUGGCCAGUUUACCCUGAACACCAUCAGCUAUGAGGCUUUCCGAGAACAACAGGACCUCUUACAGAGAAUCAGGGAAUCCACAGCAGAGCAUAAGCCACUGAUAGCACGGCUGAUCAUGCUGGCCCAGCGUCUAUCAGACCUGAAUGCAGCUCAGGGACAGGAGUUCUGCCAGAAAGCUUGGGACACUGAAGAGCAGCACCUGUCCAUCAGAGACAGGGUUCGAGAAGCUGCUGGAAUACUGGAGGAAUCUCUGCCCCGCUAUACACAGCUGAAUGAGAGGAUGACUCUGAUUGGAGAAAGACUGGAGCGUCUGUGUAGUCACCUGCAGGCCUCAAUGGCUCUUCAAGGCCUCACUCCACGAAUUCAAGAGCAGCUACAGGACAACAAGCACACACUGUCUGAGCUCUCAAAAAUGGAUCUGGACCUCAGCAGUGUGAGGACACAGGCUCAGGAGCUCCUGACCAACACAGGGGCUCUUGCAGACAGUUCUAUUGGCACGGCUAUCCAAGAGCGGGUUUGCAGUCUUACAAGCCGCUGGGAGGAGGCUCAAAGACAAGCUCAGGAGAGGGAGAAGUGGCUUCUCAAUCUCCUGGAUCUAGCAGUCAGGUUCUGGAAUGAUGUGAGUGACAUGACAUCUGCCCUGAAUGAUACCCAGCAAGCUGUUCUGGACCUCAACUCCAAUCGAUCAGAUUCAGAAACCAUUCGACAGAGCCUGGAGACCAUGCAGACACUCAGGGAGGACAUUGAUUCUCUACAAGGUGACCUGGACACACUGGGAAUUCUGGGAAUGGAACUCAUGUCAGCAUAUGGUGACACAGACAAACCAGAGGUCACCAAAAGUUUGGAUGAGCUUUAUGGAACAUGGAACAAUCUCAGUAAGAUCUGGACAGAGUGCAACAGUAAGUUAGAAGAAUGCUUACGAAUGGCUCUCCAUUAUCAGGACAGUAUGCAGGGUCUCUUUGAGUGGCUGAAGUCUGCAGAGCUGAAAUCCACCAAGGACUUCUCUGUAGGAUCUGACCUAGGAUCAGUUAAAGAGCAGCUAUGUGACCUGAAGGAAUAUAAGCGAGAGCUCUAUCAGAAGAAGAUCGAGAUUGAGAGUCUAAACCAUCGCUAUGUGUGUCGUUUCUCCCCGGGCACUGAGCGGCCUGGGUCCAUCUCUCCACUGUGUGACUUCCGUCAGCGAUGGGACUAUCUGGAGUCAGAGACUGUCAGCAGACAGCACCAGUUGGAGUGUGCACUCCUGGGCUUGGGUCAGUUCCAGAACACUCUUGAUGAGUUGCAUGCCUGGCUCUCCCACACGGCUGUCCUACUGCAGGCCUCUCAGCCAAUCAGCAUUGACCUGCAAACCUGUGAGAUAGAGCUAGCCAAGCACAAGGUUCUGCGGAACGAUGUGAUGUCCCAUGUGCACACGGUAGACUCUCUGAACCUGGCCGGCAGAAACCUGAUUGAGUCUGGGGCAGGAGACAGUUCACAUGUCCUGCAGACUCGUCUAGAACAGCUGAACGAACGCUGGGAAUUUGUGCGCUGUGAGACAGAGCGCAGACAGCUAGAGCUGGAAAAUAACCUCAGUCAGGUUCAGGAUGUAACCAUGGAGAUCCAGGAUCUCCUGCAGUGGCUGGAACACACAGACCUGAGGCUGUCGUCCAGUAAGACGGUGUGGAGAAUGCCAGACUCUGCCAACGAAAGACUGAGCGCUCAUUUGGAGUUGUGUAAUGAGAUGGAUUCUAAAAUGCACACUUACACAAAUGUGCGCAGCGCCAUCCACAGGAUGUUGGAGGGCAGUGAAGGGGCCCGGGGCUCCAGCACGGAACAUAGCUUAUGCAUGCUGGAGCAGAAGUGGAGCGCUGUCUAUGCCAAAAUGCAAGAAAGAAAGGCAAAGUUAACAGAGGGACUUGGUCUUGCAAAGGAGUUUAACAGUAAUGUCCAGGACCUGCUGAUCAAAAUGGCCAAGUGUGAGGAGACCAUAAACACUCUGUCUGUGCCCAGCUUCAUCCUGGACACCGUCUGCGCUCAGCUUCAGGAGCACAGGAUGCUGGUAGGUGAGGUGCAGUCUUACGGAGAGAGGAAGACGAGUGUGGAGACCGCUGCCAUGCGUCUGUCGGAGCUCAGCAGGAAGGAAGACUGCGAUGUGGUGCAGAACCUUAUCAUGACUGUUCAGGACCGAUACAAGAAACUCCUCCAGCACACCACAGACAGGGGGAAAACACUCGAGGACGUCAAAAGACAUGCUAACCAGUUCAGUGAAUCAUGGCACUUGCUGGUGGACUGGAUGACGGAGGUUGAACAGACGCUGGACACACACAAAGAGAUCUCUGUGUCACAGGAAGAGAUCAAACAACAGCUCACUGAACAAAAGGAGUUCCAGAAGUUGCUCCGCUCGAAGCGGCCGAUGUACGAGGCCUGUCUGAAGAGUGGCCGCUCGCUGCAGGAGAAAGCCCAGACUCCUGCAGACACGCAGCACCUGGAGAACAUGGUGUCUGAGCUCAGGGACUCAUGGGACACCAUCAGCGGCAAAUCCAGCGAGAGGCAGCACAAGCUGGAAGAGGCUCUGCUGUUUUCAGGCAGAUUCACUGACGCUCUGCAGGCUCUUCAUGACUGGCUGUACAGAACCGAGCCACAGCUGGCUGAAGAUGUGCCUGUCUGUGGGGAAAAAGACCUGGUCAACAAUCUGAUGGACAAGCACAAGGUGUUCCAGCGGGAGCUCGGGAAGCGUGCCAGCUGUAUCCGCACACUGAAGCGCUCGGUCAGGGAUCUGACGCUGAGCAGCACGGCCGAUGCACACUGGCUGCAGGAGCAGAUGGAGGAGCUGGAGGGACGCUGGGAGGCUGUGUGUAAACUCUCUGUGUCCAGACAGACUCGACUAGAAGCCGCGCUGCAGCAGGCGGAGGAGUUUGAUGGGAUGGUUCACUCGUUCCUGGAUCAUCUUUCGGAUGUUGAGAGGGUCCUGAAGUACGGAGUGCUGCCUGAGGAAGAGCAGGCUCUUCUGGCAUUUCACACCUGUCACCAGGAGUCGAUUAGCUCCUUGAGCGCUCAGCAGACGGUGCUGGAGAACAUUCACAGACUAGGAGAGGAGAUCCUGUCCUCCUGCCAUCCAGACUCUGUCAUCACCAUCAGAUCAUGGACCAGCAUCACAAACACUCGCUACGAAGAGGUCCAGACGUGGGCGAAGCAGCAGGCCGAGAGGAUCCAGACCACGCUGUCUGCUCUCGAGGGAGAGAGAGAAGAGAUCCAGCGAUUACUGGACUGGAUCUCCUCCGCUGAAGAGACUCUCAGUCUGAAGGAGCAGGAGCCACUGCCUGAGGACCUCGAGCUCACCGCAGAUCUCAUCACACAACACACGGAUUUCAUGGAUGAGAUGAAAGGGAAGCUACCAGAAAUCGAAAACGCCACAAAAUCCUGUAAACACAAGCUGGUUCCCAAGCAGCAGGUUUCUCCCAGUCGCAGGACACCAGCAAAGAGGAGAGGCACAGCGAAGCCCCCGCCGUCUGUUCCUCUUCCUCUGGAGAAGCUGGACCCUCAGACACCUGUGAUGUGUCAGCUGGUGAGUCAAUGGAGGAAACUCUGGCUCCUGGCCCACGGCACACAGAGCAGACUGGAGGAACAUCUGCAGAGGCUGAAAGAGCUGGAGGAGUUUGCUAAUUUUGACUUCAACAUCUGGCGGAAAAGAUACAUGCAGUGGAUAAGUCACCUCAAAUCCCGGAUCCUGGAUGUUUUCCGUAGCAUUGAUCGAGAUCAGGAUGGCCGGAUCACUCACAAGGAGUUCAUCGACAGCGUGCUGGCCUCUAAGUUCCCCACCAACUCUCUGGAAAUGACUGCGGUUGCUAACAUAUUUGAUGUUAACGCUGAUGGAUUCAUUGACUACUAUGAAUUUGUGAGUGCCCUCCAUCCAAGCCGAGACCCUUACAGAAAGACGGUAGAUGCAGACCAAAUCAAUGAGGAGGUGAGUCGUCAGGUCUCUCAGUGCAACUGUCCAAAGAGAUUUCUAGUGAAGCAAAUUAGCUCAAAUCGCUACAGGUUUGGCGACUCUCAGCAGUUGCGGAUGGUUCGUGUUCUCAGAAGCACUCUGAUGGUUCGAGUUGGCGGUGGAUGGACGGCAUUAGAUGAGUUUCUAGUGAAGAAUGACCCCUGCAGAGUAAAGGGACGCACAAACCUGAAGAUAAAGGAGAAGUAUCUCUCUCCGGACGGGUUCGAGGCGUCGGGCCGCAGAGGCAGUGCUAAAGGCCUGACCGUCAGCAGAUCCAGCUCCAGCCUCAGUUUAUACAGCAGCGCUUCGGCUCCCAGCAGCCCUCUGACACGCAAGGCAUUGCUAUGCAGAAGCUUCUCUGGUGAGAGGUGCAUUCGACCCAGGAGCUCUAUCGCAGCUUUAGGGAGCGACCAUUUCUCUGCCGACAUCGACUCUCCUUCACCUACAGAAGAGGCAGAAAGACCACCAACAUGAACACAUCUUGUCCCGUACCAUGAGCUCAACCAGGCAGACGUUCCUGAUCCACAGGAUGGACAGAAACCACUCGAGCAGACCUCAGAUCAGUGGACACGCUCAGACACAGCUGGUCACUAGUGCUCUGAGGUGUGUUACACCAUCCGUUUCAUAGCAUAGCAUUGACUUUUUACCUUCACAGACUUUGUUUUUACAAAACGGACUCCCUGCUUUGUGAGAAACGAGAGACCGCUGGAAUGUUUUGCAUGGGUUUGAGCAGCACGACGCCUGUAGUAUCAAAGAGCAAUAGCUUAUGUAGUGCUUUACACAGCAUACAUGUAUAUGCACAGUUCUCUUUAUUUUCUGUAGUUGCCUGAUGUAGGGACAAAUGUUCAAUCUGACCCUGCAUCCUCCACUGCCUUUGUCUCAGUUUCAUCCCACAGUUAGUGAUGCAAAAUGCAAACCAAAAUACUGCUGUCUUAUGGUUUAGGCUUUUUGAUAUGCAGAGCUUUUGGGGUCCAUGUUAAUGUUUUGUGUAAGUGUGGCUAUUAUAUCCUCAGGUCUGAAGUUCUAGAAUAUUUCAGGGUCUAGAUUAUGAAUUUAAAGACCACAUGAUAUAUACCAGCUGUCACCAUUAGCAAAUAAUAAAUACUGGUUAACGGUGGUAAAUGAGCCCCAGAAAUACAUGACUUUGCUUACAUUUUCUGAAAUGUGUAAAUAGCAAAUAGCAAAACCAGAAAUACAAUCGUUCCAGGUACAUUUUAGUGCACUUUUCACAUGACAUGUCUACAAGAGUUGGUAUAAGCUAAUUUAUAGUUGUUCCCCAUUGCAGAUGCAGAUAUAUUAAACAGCACAUUGUCAUGUAAAAAAAAAUUAAAAGUAAAGAAAAUGUGCCUAUGGAUACACAAUGGUUGCAAAAUGACAUUGUGUUGGUUAAAGCACAUUUCAUGGCAGUUCCAAAUCAAAAGGUCUGGUGUCUGAUGCUAAACGGCAUGAUCAAAUGUCUCCAAAAGAGUUAAAUGUGACCGUGGCAAUGUUUCAUUACAAUGGUUGUUGGUAAAAUAUUCUGACGUUUCAUCUGUGAAAUCUAACCUAUAUUGUUUACAAAAGCA